GCAUGGGGCACCGAGCCGCGCGGACCUGGAAAUCUUCGAACCUGCAACCGAUUUUCAAGUGCCAGGUGAGGUGGCUCUUACAACGGAAAAAGUAAACAACCUAUGUUAAGGCUUAAGACUGAAGAGUCGUGGGCUUAACUAAGAAAGCUUAAGACUGAUACUGAAGAGUCGUGGGCUUAAGAAAUGUGGUUCUGUAAGAUGAUGGUGGUUCUGUAAUAUGAUCACCUGAUAUGGCAUCAUGAUGAUGAUUGCAUAUUUUCGUGUAGUUUCUCUGUUAUGUGAGGGAUCCAUAGCCUAAACUAACCUGUGGGUCUUGGUGCAGUAGUGUCUCUGUUCCCGUUACAGCAUAGGCUUUUGGUGUUUCUACGUUUGUUUACCGUGAAUACAAUUGUGCCCUUAUUAAGCGGCUACGGGAGAUAGGCAGAACUAGCUAGUCGGGGAGCUAACAGCACCAAAAGAAGGCUUGUUGGUUUUUUUCACCAAAAGAAGGCACGAAUAGCUAUACGAGAGGUUUUCUCGUUUUUUCUUGCCUUUGCCGCAGCUUUUGGCGUUUUGCCCAAUUUAAACUAUAAGGGUAGUCCUCCUUUCCGUGGACCUCGUCUAUCUUCUCUCUUGAUUUUGAUCGACACAGCGAGUGAGGAGGGCAAACUUAAUGAUGUUGUACUUGCUCAAUGUUCUUGUUGGGGUCUUCGAUCUCCUAAGUAUUAUAUAAUCUUGGGGCCUCUCUCUCUCUUCUUCUAUUCGUUCUGCUCUAUUUACUUGUAGCCUAAUGUUCUUGGGGUCUCUCUCCUUCUAUUUUCUUGCUCUAUCUUUCUUGUAGUCGAUAGCUACUCUACUUGGGGUCUCUCUUCGUCCUGCUCUAUCCUGUAGUCUACGAAGGCUAUGGUUUUUCAUGCAUCCUCCUCUAUCUUGUAGUCUAUAGCAAUGGCCCCUCAUCGGACCGCUUCAGGUUUUGUUUCAUCUCGCUGAUGUUUGAGAGCAAUCAGUUGAGAUAGCUAUGGUCCCUCUUACAAACGGACAAGGUGAUUGACGUUCAGUCAAUCAGCUUGUCCGUUUGAGAUCUCCUCUUCGUCCUGCUCUAUCUCGAACAACUAGGACAGCUUCAACCUCACUUUCAUCUUCUAGUCUCUGUCUCUUAUAACUAAACUUGGUAUCAUCCUCUAACUACGGUCGACGCCUCUGCUAACCGGAGCAGACAUGGCGCCUGGUGGAGAUGUGAGGGCUAACGGCAUGGACGGCGAUUAUCUGGCCACAAUGGGCGUGAAUGGGGGACAAGGUGCUUACGUCCAGUUAGACCUGAGAGCUUUAUGGCCUUUUUUUUUUACCCUAAUGCAUAGAAUACUUUGACGUUCCCCUAAUGCAUAGACUAAGGCCUAAACCCUAGUGCAUAAGCCUUGCAUAUACCUUGACUGCUGAUAGCUUUAAAAAGACCUUGACGUUCUACUAAGACUACAUUGACCACCUCACAAAAAGACAGACAUAUACUACAUUGACUACCUUGACGCAGUUCCCCUAAUGCAUACACUACAUUGACUACCUUGAGGACGCUCCUCUUCCGAUUCAUCCUUUUGAGACCAAGCGUCUUUGUGCCCUUUGUCAACAGGGGAUUCUCAGACUUCGUUUCCCUAAUGCAUUAUCUUGGGACGCGUCUUUGUGUCCUUUGUCAAGAGUCUCUUAAUGCAUGAUGAUGAUCUUGAGACGCGUCCUUUUAGUUUCUUGAUUCCUUUAGUUUCUUGGUAAUUUAUUGUCAAAAAUGUUCUGUUUUUUUACCAAGUUGAAGUCUCGGUUUUGAGAGAUCCAUGUUUUUGUUAGAGAAGAUACAAAGCACUUCAAGAACAUUAUUGUUCCCUUAUGUAUAGUCCAUAGAUCAAGAAGAAGUACUUGAUUGAUCAUUAUUGCAUCUUCUUCUUUUUCUACUUAGGGCAGCUCCACGGGUCGUGGAAUAGAUGAAAAUGGUGUUUUGUAAGACUACAUUAUAGAAGAUGAAAACUACACAGAAGAUGAAAACUACAUAGAUGAAAUCUACAUAGAUGAAAACCACAUAGAUGAAAUCUAUUUCUGAGGUCUAUUGCAAUCUAUUUGUGAGCCGGUCUUGCUCUUGCUCUAACUACAUUGCCGCUGAAGUUGCGCGCACAUGCUCGCUGCACUUUGACGGACGGAAGCAAUUACACUCAGAAUACCCUUGGCCUUUGCCAAACUAUGAUUCUGUCUAUGGUCUCCGCUGAUGGGGUAAAUACAUUUCCGCCGCUCUUCAACUACUAUGGAUCAUGUUCAUCUUGUUUUAUCCGAACCUUUUUGCAUCUAGGUGUAUCUGACCAUCGACACUUUCCUCUCCUUGUUUGUCCCUUUAAGGGUGGAAAAAAGUUAGAUGGUCUCCUGGCUAGGGGGUUGUAGACGCCGUGAAGAUGGUCUGCUGUCUAGAUGUAAAAAAGAGCUUUUUAUACCUACGGGAAAGCGGGCACAGCAGCGGAGGGCAAGUGCGAGCGUAUCACAACACUCACUGGCUGUUCGAGUGCGGUGGUGCGCGACCCUGAUUUUGAUUAAGGCCCUCGAUAUGGAAUCAUCGAAGUCUUGAAAUAUGCAAGUAAAUUCGAGGAUAGUAAUACUUUACUCGGUUAUCUCAGUUUUUGUUCGAAUAACCUGUUUGCGUUUAUUGGUUUUUUUGCGCCCUAGUAAUUUGUGUGGAAAUUCGAAUUGAUAGCUAAAGCUGAUCGUUUUGACUGGUAACUAAGUGAACAGGCCAACAGCUGACUCAGCCUAAAAAAUGACCCCAGACCAGCGCCUAAACCACUAAGGGAGUUAUAAAGACCAAUUGCUUUGUUUUCCUCAUGUGUAAUAGAUCCUAGGUGUAGGAGGUUAGUCCUUCCAAAUACUUACAAUGUUUAACAAAGAGCUCUCACCAGGUGACCUUCAAGGUAGGACAUAGUUCAAGGAAUAGAGGUGACCUCUAAUAGCUCUUGUCUUCUUCAAGGUUGGAUAGCUCUAUUGAGGUGACCCGUAAUAGGGUAGUUCCUCCUUCCAAUGUCUUAGGUAUAAUAUUAGGAUAGUUCCUCCAUGUCCAUCCAGUGUUUAUGCAGUUCCUCAAGAUUCACAACCACCUUUCCAUCUCGUACUAAGGUAUAGCACUACUCAGAAGAAGCAGGAUCUUGAUGUCAUAAGACGUUAUAGUUUAUGACAUCGUCCCACCUGCAAGCCACUCCUAACCAUACUAGGUAGCUUCUCUGGCCAGUUGUUGAAGUCCUCUAAUCUGUUUUAUACGAAGGAACACCUGACGGCGAG